AUGGCGAGAGACAGUAUCGUGAUUUUGGGGGCGGGAAUUAUUGGACUUGACGUCGCCAUCGAGCUAUCCAAGCGAGGAUAUGGAAAAUAUGUAACAGUGAUCGCUGAACAUCUCCCUGGAGAUACGUCUAUCGACUAUACAUCACCAUGGGCAGGAGCAAACUUCUCAGGAAUUUCCGGUGGUGAUGCUAAUGCAUUACGCUGGGAUCGUGCGGGGUAUACUCUUAUGAUGGAGAUGAUUGACAAGAAAGUCACGGAAGCGAGGUAUCUUGAGAAAACCGAGUCUACGGAGUACUGGGACGAGAUGCCUCAACCAGAUAAAAUUCAGAGUAUGACUGAGUACCUACGAGACCUUGUGAUUAUACCAAAAAGUGAGCUUCCAAAGGCCGUAGCGUUCGGCAUCAAAUUCACCACAGUCACGAUAAACGCACCUGCUCACUGCCAGCAUCUGAAGACUCUCCUUUCAGAGCCGGAGUAUGGCUCUGUCCCAUUCAUCCGUCGCCGAGCUUCUCGAUUGCAGGAUGCAUUCUUAUCCGAGAAUACCAAACUGGUCUUUAACUGUAUUGGAAACUCUGCCAUCACACUAUCUGGUGUAUCGGAUGCUAAAUGCUACCCAACGCGAGGCCAGAUUCUGCUGGUCAAGGCUCCAUCCGUGAAGCAGAAUAUCAUGCGCCAUGGAAACGGGUACGAGACGUACGUGAUUCCACGCCCGUUAUCAGAUGGUAGCGUAAUCCUUGGCGGAUAUAUGCAAAAAGGAAACUCGUUUCCGAACGUUAAAGAAGAGGAGACGAAAUCUAUAUUGCAGAGGACUGGUGAAUUGCUGCCGGUUUUGUUGAACGGAGAGGUGGAGAUUAUCGGAGCUGUCGUUGGCCUGCGGCCCUCUCGAGAAGGAGGUGCAAGAGUUGAACAGGAGAGAAUAUCUGAUAAAAUUGUUAUACAUAACUACGGUGCUGGGGGUACGGGAUUUCAGGCUGGAAUUGGAAUGGCUGUGGAUGCGGUAGAUUUGGCUGCAGAAUCGUUGAAGGAGUUAAAUCAGAAGUCGAUGCUCUAGAUUGUGUUGUAAGUUAGUUAGGUUUUAGACAAAAAUAUACAAUCUUAGGUAUAUUUUCUCAGUACUUUUGUUCACUGAACAUGUCUUCUAGGGCAUUAGGGCUACCUCUUACGACAGGGUAUUUCUCUGAAAGUGCUAGCAUACUCUCAUCUUGGAAGUCAAAAAGUUAGUCCCAGCACAGACAGCUACCAUUAUACCACUCUGGGUUUUGUGAAAUUGUUGUAGAAAAGGCAAUAUAAUAACCCCAACCCUAACAUUAAUAUUGCCUUUG